CCCUUCGAUUUGACCGUGACGUCAUGGAGAAGGCUCGCGGGGGGCGGGGCUACGCCCGGACGCGGUGCGCGUGCGCAGAAGGACCCUGGCUACUUUUUGGCCUCCAGGGCUGAAGAAGGUUGGAGCGUGGAGGACGCCUCCAUCACUUCACGAUUUUGGCGAGGGACUCCCACAGUCAUGUUGGGGGCCAAGUCUGGGCUCCUGUCGCUCUCCCCUCAUCGUCUGAGGCCUCUGAAGUGGCGCCCGAUCUCAGGGCCCACCUGGCAUCUGCACCAGAAGGUCCCGCUCCACCCCGAAUGGGCCGCCUUGGCUCAGAAGCAGUUGAAAGGAAAAAAUCCAGAAGAACUCACAUGGCACACUCCCGAAGGGAUCCCCAUCAAGCCUCUCUAUUCCCCCCGGGACACCGAGAGCCUCCCAGAAGAGCUCCCGGGAGUGAAACCUUUCACCCGAGGACCAUAUCCCACCAUGUAUACCUUCAGGCCGUGGACCAUCCGCCAGUACGCUGGCUUUAGCACUGUGGAAGAGAGUAACAGAUUCUAUAAGGACAAUAUCAAAGCCGGCCAGCAAGGAUUGUCAGUUGCCUUUGAUCUGGCAACCCACCGGGGAUAUGAUUCAGACAACCCUAGAGUCCGUGGUGAUGUGGGAAUGGCGGGGGUUGCCAUUGAUACAGUCGAAGAUACCAAGAUUCUUUUUGACGGAAUUCCUCUGGAAAAAAUGUCCGUAUCCAUGACCAUGAAUGGGGCUGUGAUUCCUAUCCUUGCAACGUUUAUCGUAACUGGGGAAGAGCAAGGAGUACCUCAAGAGAAGCUCACCGGGACCAUCCAGAAUGAUAUAUUGAAGGAAUUCAUGGUCAGAAAUACUUACAUUUUCCCUCCAGAGCCGUCCAUGAGGAUUAUUGCUGACAUCUUCCAAUACACUGCAAAGCAUAUGCCCAAAUUUAAUUCUAUUUCGAUUAGUGGAUACCAUAUGCAGGAGGCAGGAGCCGAUGCCAUUUUGGAAUUAGCUUAUACUAUAGCCGACGGGUUAGAGUACUGCAGGACUGGACUCCAGGCCGGCCUAACUAUCGACGAAUUUGCACCGAGGUUAUCUUUCUUCUGGGGCAUUGGAAUGAACUUCUACAUGGAAAUAGCGAAAAUGAGAGCAGGGAGACGGCUCUGGGCUCAUUUAAUAGAAAAGAUGUUUCAGCCCAAGAACUCCAAAUCUCUUCUACUCAGAGCCCAUUGUCAGACCUCUGGAUGGUCCCUUACCGAACAGGAUCCUUACAAUAAUAUUAUUCGUACUGCCAUAGAAGCAAUGGCAGCAGUAUUUGGAGGAACCCAGUCCUUGCACACCAAUUCGUUUGAUGAAGCCUUGGGUUUGCCUACGGUGAAAAGCGCCCGCAUUGCCAGAAACACUCAGAUCAUCAUUCAAGAAGAGUCGGGGAUCCCCAAAGUGGCUGAUCCCUGGGGAGGUUCCUAUAUGAUGGAAUCUCUCACUAAUGAUGUAUAUAAUGCUGCUCUAAAGCUCAUUAAUGAAAUUGAAGAAAUGGGCGGAAUGGCCAAAGCUGUAGCAGAAGGAAUCCCUAAACUUCGAAUUGAAGAGUGCGCUGCCCGGAGGCAAGCCAGGAUAGAUUCUGGCUCCGAGGUCAUUGUUGGAGUUAACAAAUACCAGCUGGAAAAAGAAGAAUCCGUCGAUGUUCUUGCCAUCGACAACACUUCCGUACGUAACAAGCAAAUUGAGAAACUUAAAAGGGUCAAAGCCAGUCGGGAACAAGCAGCAGCCAAACGGUGUCUUGACGCUCUCACACAAUGCGCUUCCACUGGGGAAGGAAACAUCCUGGCCCUCGCCGUGGAUGCCGCCCGUGCCCGAUGCACUGUUGGGGAAAUCACAGAUGCGAUGAAAAAGGUGUUUGGCGAACACAAAGCUAGCGAUCGGAUGGUGAGUGGAGCUUAUCGGCAGGAAUUUGGAGAGAGCGAGGAGAUUUCAUUUGCUAUCAAUAGGGUUCAAAAGUUCAUGGAACGGGAAGGGCGUAGACCUCGUCUUCUUGUAGCCAAAAUGGGACAAGACGGACAUGACCGAGGAGCGAAGGUUAUCGCCACGGGAUUCGCAGAUCUUGGCUUUGACGUGGAUAUAGGCCCUCUUUUCCAGACUCCCCGUGAAGUGGCCCAGCAGGCCGUGGAUGCGGACGUCCACGCCGUCGGGGUGAGCACACUAGCCGCCGGUCACAAGACCCUCGUCCCCGAACUCGUCAAGGAGCUGGGCGCCCUGGGCCGGCCGGACAUCCUGGUUAUGUGUGGAGGCGUCAUCCCUCCUCAGGACUAUGAAUUCCUGUUUGAUGCCGGGGUUUCCAAUGUGUUUGGUCCGGGGACUCGGAUCCCAAGAGCUGCCGUUCAGGUUCUUGAAGAUAUUGAGAAAUGCUUGGAAAAGAAGCAGCAAGCUAUGUAACGUCUACCUUUUUCAUUCUAUUCCUUUGUUUUGCCCAAUGAGCUCUGUUGGCAGUAUCCUCAGAAAUUUAGCAACAGAUAACAUGACGGGUGCUUUCAGAGAACACCUUAUUUUUGAGUGAUUUUUCUUCAUGCGCAUACCUAUAGAAAAUGGCACUUUAAAGAUUAAAAAAAAAAAAUCGAUGGGAGCUAAGUAAAACUGGCUAGGCCAGAGUGUUUCCAAAAAUCUCAGAAAAAUAAAAAUCAUUUCAAAAAAUCA